UUAGCUCAUUCUACUAAUUUUCGAACUGCAUGAGAAAACACAAUUUGAAGAGUUUCGUUAAUCAAUUGGUUUGCGAGGCAGUUAAAUAACCAGGCGGAACGAAAAACUUCACCGCAGUGGCUUUAUUUAGUUGCAUUAAAUCGUUUAUAAUCCAAAUUUUAAGUGAAGAAAAUUUAUACAAGGUAUACUUGGCAGUUGUAUAGAAAACGAAAAAAAACUUCAACUCUCGCGUCAAAACCACUCAGCCGUGCCAACGAAACGGGGAUCAAUAUGGAGCGCAAUGAGCCAACAGCUGUGAUCUCAGCAGGUAUUGAAACGCUGGAUGGCAUGAACGCGUGCGGCAGUGAAAAAUUACCACACAUCACAUCGAAAUCAAACGAAACCCACCAAUUACCUAACGGCACUGAUGCACAAUCUUUUGCGGCACCACCCUCACCACCACCUACUCCCAGUUCACUGCCGUCUUCAGUCUCAUCUGCUGAAUUUGCCACAUCUCAGCACGAGCAACUGAUGAUGGAUGACUCGACUACUGAUGCGCCUGAGGAGGAUGCUCCAGCACUACAGCCAUUAUACGAGGAACUGCUUCAACAGUGCGUUGAGCAGGCUGACUACUUUAAAAACGAUAAUUCAGAGAAGGGACAGCGCUUAUGUGCCGCAUUUGUCGCUUGGCAGGAUUUCAUACGAUUGGCAAAUACGCUGGUACACCGUGUGGAUGCCUUCGCUUACAAGUAUGACUUCGAUGAGCAUACACCAGGCAAUGGCUACCGCAGUUUUAUAUCUGUCACGAAUUCGUGCAUUACGUACGGUCAAAGCAUUUGCAGGAAUCUCCAAGCGACACGCGCCACUAUGUUCUUUCGCAAGAAAUACUACAUGAAAGAGGUAGAGUCCUGCUCGCAGCUGCUUUCGUCGCUCUGCACUUGCCUGCAUUAUUUGCUCAUCAUGCACGAUUGGUCAAGUGAUUCAGGCGAUCUGUUUGCCAAUGGGCAACAUACAGCGGAGGAGCUCUUCGAACUGGGCGACACUAUCAAUCAGUAUGCUUUCUAUGGCCGGUGCCUUGGGUUUCAGUACGACAAUACAAUACGCGGUGUGUUGCGUUUUAUCGCGAUCGGUAUGGCUAGUUUUUCGGAGGUCUUCUAUGCACAGGUGGAAGGAAAAAUCUCAAAGACUACACGCGGCCUGUGGACGGGCAGCAAAUACUUUUUAAAUCCAGAACAAUGUGCGCGUCGCAUUGUAAAUAUUUCGCAGAAUGCGAAAGUCGAUUUUUGUAAAGCAUUUUGGUUUCUUGCCGAGUCGGAGAUGAUGAACACCAUACCAACGAUUGUCGGUAGCUCGGUGAAAGUAAAUCGCGUGAUUGAGAUACCACCGGAGCUUUUGCAGUUGCCGCGCGUUAAUAAGACACAAAAGCUGCGUGCUGCCACCGAUUUAAAUCAAAACGACAAUGCCGAACUGAUCGAUAUACCAAUACCGUCUGCCCACAUUGGGCCUGGCAACUCAGUGAAUGUACGGCUGCUCAGCUAUACGCGGCGCGAGGGCAUGAUUGGUGAGGGUAUGUUCUCGCGCAGCUGGCGCCGCUUACCAGCGCGUAGUCGUAGUCUACUAUUCCACUGUCAUGGCGGUGGAUUUGUUGCGCAGUCAUCAAAAUCGCAUGAGCUCUAUUUGCGCGACUGGGCCACUGCGCUCGAUGUGCCUAUUAUUUCGGUGGACUACAGUCUCGCACCUGAGGCGCCUUAUCCUCGCGCUCUUGAGGAAGUUUUUUAUGCCUACUGUUGGAUGUUACGCAAUGCUGAGCAUUUAGGCACCACUGCUGAGCGUAUUGUGCUGGCCGGUGAUUCGGCUGGUGCCAAUCUUUGUAUUGGUGUGGCAUUAAAAUGCAUCGAGCUGGGCAUACGUGUGCCGGACGGCUUGUUCCUUGCAUAUUGCCCGACACUGAUCAGCUUCGUGCCAAGCCCGGCGCGUCUAUUGUGCCUCAUGGAUCCGUUGUUGCCUUUCGGUUUUAUGAUGCGUUGCUUGCGCGCAUACGCCUCACCAGAACCCAAGCAGAUGCAGGAGAAUGCGAAGCGUGUGGCUGAAAUGUCCGACAUACGAGAUGCAACACCAACGCAAGAGCUGCACUUAACACUGCAGCUGGAAAGGGAGUACAGUGGGGCAUCCAGUAGGUGCACAUCGGCAGCAAAGAGUCCGCUGUCGUCAGUGGCGGAGAAUUCCAAAUGGGAUCAAAUGUUGAAAGACGGCACAGCUUUGGAUAUGAAUGCCAUGGAAGCAGAUGCUCAGACGGAGGAGAGCAGCGAUACCUUUGCCAGCGCCUCGUAUCAUAGUCAAACCGUUGAACGCACCGAUUUACCCUCCGCCGAAGAAGACAACAGCCUUUGCGUCUCCUUCGAAGAUGACUCCCAACCAAUUGUGCACUAUCCCAUACAACUUUCCGCGGAAAUUCAAAAGGAUUCCGACUCAGAGCAAUAUAUCGAUCGUUUUCUCGAUAAAUAUCUCAUUGACACCAAUACGCAAGAGGUCAAGGAGCAACAGGCAAAUGGUAAUGGAGCGCUGAAUGGUGCGAGAUAUAUCAAUGGUCUCACGCCAACAAUAGCGCAAACAGCGUCUGAAGAGAACAUCAUCAUGGAUACGGGCAAAGAAGUGAUUGCCUUUGAGGCGCUGCAUUGCCGCUUCAACAAUGCCUUCAAUGCGCUCACAACUACGUUCGAUCGAUACACCAAAUCGAGUGAAAUACGCAGCGAAGCGCAGAAUGGCGAACGCAUACAGGAUUUACGCAAUAUGGAUGCUUUGAUAGCGCGCAGCCCUAGCGUAGAGUUUGCCUUUCAAGUGCCAAAAGAUCCAUUCCUAUCGCCCUAUUAUGCUAGCGAUGAGUGGCUUUCGCAGCUGCCAGCUACGAAAAUUCUGACGCUCGACAUGGACCCCUGUCUCGAUGAUUGUGUGAUGUUUGCGCGCAAGCUAAAGAACUUGGGCCGACCAGUAACGCUGGAGAUAUUGAAGGGGCUACCCCACGGUUUCCUUAAUUUUACAAUGUACUCAAGUGAGGCACGUGACGGUUCUAAACGUUGCGUAGAAAACCUUAAACAACUGCUAUUUACUCCGGCGGAUAUCCAAUUAAAUGGAGGUGCUACAGGAAGCAAAUGAAGCGGAAUAACGGAACAUUUACGUAAAAUUUUACUAUAUACGUAUAUACAUAAUGGAAUACUUUAUAAAUUAACAAGACAGUAUAAAGAAGCAUUAAAGGCAAUGCCCUUUAACAAGAAUAUUAACAUUUAAAACAGGGUAUAUUAAAUAAUAGAGUGAGUAUUGAGUAUGAGUAUUCAUAAAUGCAUUUGUAUGUGCGGUUAUGCAUUAUCAAAAGGUUAGUCAUAUGAAAUAAGCCCACAAUUAUUUAGGGCGCUAUUCAGUUUUAACACAAACGCAUUGCUUAAUAACAAAAUAUAAUGGAACGAAGAAAAAGAAAUCUAUAUGUAUAUGCAAAAAUAAACAUUGUAUUAUGGCAGGAAAUGCAAAUUGUGAUAGGUUAAGCGUAUAAUUAAUGAAUUAACUUAUUUUUUAUUACUUUAUUGCGCCGCUUUUUAUGGGUUUUAUUUGUACCAUUGGAGUAGGGCAUUUUUGCGAUUAAUGCUAUCGAAUGCGGUUGAAUUAUGUGAAUUUGCUAAUCUCCAAUUGCUUAAUGCUGAAGUUUUAGCUUAAACGUUCUUAAAAAUGCUUUUGUUUUUAUAUCUAUUAUUUGCGUUUUGUAUUAACUGAUUUUUUUCUCUCUUCUACUUUUAUAUUUUAUGAUUAGUUAAACCCUUAUGUACCAUAAUACCGCAUAACUACAGAUCGCUUUUUUUAAGUUUUAAGAACAACUUAAAGCUUAAAGGCUUAAAAAUCAAUUUAUGUAAACCUCAGCGCACUGAAAUAUUUUAAUGCUUUUUAUUAGUACUUUUUAUUUAAUUAUUAUUUUAAUAAUAUUUACUUAUAUAUACGUAUUUUUACGUGUAUUUGAUGUUCAGCUUUUCCUUAAAGUUUUUCCAGCCAGUGCUUCUCAGCGAAUACUUUAGGUAUUUUUCGCACCGCUUGAUUUUUCCUUAAUGUAUUUUAUCACUCUGCUCUAGUUAAAUCUUAUAAAAUAAACGCUUUUUGCGUUCAAAACAAAAA